AGACAUUAGUGUGUGUAUGUUUUUUUUUUAUUACCACUUUGUCCCCUGAGUGUCCUAGAGAUUCAGUCAAGUGUAAACAUGAAGUUCUGGAAAUCCAACUGUCCCAUACACAUCUCAGCCUGGGAGAACUUUGUCAUGAAUUGCUACUGAUCUGUCACUUCUGGUUUCACCACUCUGCAAGGAAAGUGGCUUUUUGAAACUGGUGAAGAUAAUUGCGUUGACCCACAUCUGUCCUAAAAUUGCAAUUAAGUGGAUACUUUUUUAAUUUGAUUUACUAACUUUAUUUAAGGAAAAAACCCACUUCAUUAUGGCAAAUUCAGGAAUCCAGCUUCUUGGCUAUUUUCUGGCUUUGGGAGGGUGGAUAGGGAUCAUCUCCACCACAGCAUUACCUCAGUGGAAGCAGUCGUCAUAUGCCGGAGAUGCGAUUAUCACAGCAGUAGGACUGUAUGAGGGCCUGUGGAUGUCAUGUGCUUCUCAAAGCACUGGGCAAGUGCAGUGCAAAGUCUAUGACUCUCUGCUCUCCUUGGAUGUUCAAAUACAGGCCACCCGGGCCCUAAUGGUGGUCGCAAUGCUGUUGGGAUUCAUUGGCAUCAUUAUCAGUGUUGUUGGAAUGAAAUGUACAAAAGUAGGUGAUAGUAAUCCCAUCAUAAAGAACAGAAUUGCUGUCUCCGGUGGGGUCCUGUUUCUUGUUGCAGGUCUGUUAACAUUAAUAGCUGUUUCAUGGUAUGCCACUCAUGUUACUCAUGAGUUUUUUAACCCAAGUACCCCAGUUAAUGCUCGGUAUGAAUUUGGUUCAGCAUUAUUCGUUGGAUGGGCUGCCGCCAGCCUCACCAUGCUUGGGGGAUCCUUUCUGUGCUGCUCAUGUCCCAAUGACGAGAGGAGAGGCCAACAGUAUUAUAGACAAUCACAGCCAUCAGCAACAACCAGAGAAACAACAAAAAUACCCAUAAAGAAAAAAGAAGAAACAAGUUAAUAGGAGACUUCAGCAAUGAAUUCAUGUUUGCAAAAUUGUUUGGACAUUGGAACAAGAACAAUAGAGGAAUAUGGGAAUGGAUUAAGGAUGACCAUCUUUAGAAGUUGUUUGCUAUUUUAGAACAACUGUGACAGAGAUUUUGUAAAUGUCUUGAUUUAGCCUACAUGGCAUACUAAUAAGGAACAGAUAGUUCUAGAGCAGCGAUGUCCAAGUGAUGUCCCGUGGGAUUUACUAAGGACCUAUAAGGCAUUUGUGUGGACCUUAUCAUCUCUAAGAAUUUCUACAGCCUAGGUUAUAUGGCAUCAAUUUUUCUUUUUGGGAGAUGCAAACGAUAGAAAUGUAUCUAGAAACAAAGGCAACACUUGCCAUGAAAAAAUGGAGACAACAAUACUAUAGAGAGCAUGCUUUAGGGUAUCUGUCCGAAAUUCUUGCAAAAAUGAAAUUCAGUAUGUGUCUUUUCAGGAAGUCAAACUAGAACAUUGUUUAGGAAGUUCAUGAUCAAUUGUGUUUUCCUUCCUGAAUAGAUCAAAGGUAAUUAAGACUGAGAUAUUUUGUUUUAAAGUGAAUGCAAGUAAUGACACACUGAGGACAUUUUAUGUGAGGGAUCUCUUUAACUGGUGGCUAUGCUUGAUGUAUUAUUUUACAUUAGGCAACAAAGAAAAAGCAUUCACAAUCUCUCCUAUUGUGUUGGACACAUUUAUGCCCAUUCCAGCAUGGCCUGUUUCUACCCAUAUAGGCAGUUACGUAGACCAUCCAUAGUUGCUAGGUUUGUUAAACCCCGCAGACCUCACUUCAAGGUUUUUCAUCAUUUUAACUCAAACUUAAUAUUUUGCAAAAUCUAUUUGAGAUUUUCAAUUUUAAUGAUUAUGAUCUUGUAAUUUCUUUUUAACAUACUAAUCUGGGAAUAUUUAACAUUUAUUUACUGUUAAGGCGAGACUGAAUAGAAAGUCUUAGUACAUUCAUCAUUUAUAAAGUAAUAAUUUAACCUUAAAGGUGUGUUUUUUCAUAUAAAAAUGUACAUAUAAUAGUAUUGAAUAUAGAGUGAAUUGUGAAGUGCAUUUAAAAUGUUUUGCUGUGCAUAUAAAGUUUUGAUGACAAAUAAAUAAAGCUAAUCAUUUAUCUUA